UCUUGCAAAAGCAACUUCAGUUGAGUUUCGAAACCCGAACUUAUUAGACUAUUAACAGAACUACAAUAUGAAAUUCCAAAUUGCUGUAUUAUUUGGCGUUAUUUUUUCGGCCGGUUUCGUGAGCGCUGGUCUAUUUGAAGAUACACAUAAACUCAUUGAUUUAGUUAUUAAUGAUGAGGCGGAUCACAUUGAUUCCAAAUGUUUUAGCCAAAUUAAAGAUGAGCUUAUAAAGGAAUUAGAAGUUGCAGCUGCCACUUAUAUUGACAGAGUAGAAAAUGGUAUGCCAGUUUUCAAGAGUGGUGUUCACUUGGAUAUGGAAGACUUUAUUGAAAAUACUCUAUUGCCAAGUGCCUUGGUUUCUGCAAGUGACGAUUGUCUGCAUACUGUUAAGGAUGAACUAAGAGCUUUCUUGAAGUCUAGAUUUGGCCCAUCUUUCAAAACACUUGAUCCUAACUUUUAUAAAAAUUGAAUAACCUUCUAAUCACCAAAUUAAAAAAAUAUAUAUUCUAUAUAUCAAUGUGAAAAA